AUGAACGGUACGAAGUUUCUUGAGGGAGAAGAGGAGACUGAUGUAGGUCUGGUGGGGGCCUGUGUGAUUCUGGGGCUGUGCUUUCUCGUGGGCACACCAGGGAACCUCUUGGUGGUGUGGACCAUCUUAAAACAUGUGAAACAGCGCUCGCACACAGUUCUCCUCAUUCUUCACCUAGCAAUCGCAGACCUUCUGGUGUUGAUCACUCUUCCUCUGUGGAUCUACUCAUUGGUUCAUUCCUGGGUGUUCAGCGAGGCUGUCUGCAAAGCCAUGGUGUACAUUAUCAAUGCCUGCAUGUACAGCAGCGUCUUUCUCAUCACCAUUAUGAGCGUGGAACGUUUCGUGGCUGUCAGGUACCCCUUUGCUUCAGCUGGCUGGAGAAGGAAGCACGCCCUAAAUAAGCUACUGGUAGUGUUGUGGAUGGCGUCGUUUGCCUUGAGCAUUCCUGUUAUUGUAACUCAUACUUUGGAUGGUCCUCCAGAAGAUGUUCAGUGUACUUUCAGGGAGUACACAUCUGACACGCAGGAGGUCGUGUUGCUCACUUUAGAAACUCUUAUAGGCUUUGUUAUUCCUUUUAUAACAUUGGUGGUCUGUUACGGCUGCCUCUUCAGUCGCAUAGCGCUCAUGAACUUCAAGUCCAAGCGUAAAUCGACGGUUCUCAUUUGCAGUGUAGUGGUGAUGUUUGGACUCUGCUGGAUCCCACAUCAUGUGAUGAACCUUCUUUCCAUCACUGCAAUCGCUCUAAAGACUACAUAUCCUAAAGUGACAGAAAACUUGGAGGAUGCCAAUUUGACCAUGACCUUGAUAACAGGAGCCCUGGUGUUCAUCAGUAGCUCAGUGAACCCAAUUCUUUAUAUGUUUGCCGCACGUACCUUCCGCAGCUCACUUCGGGAAACUGGAAUACAGAAGUUGUUUCAGCAUAUAUCCAGUACAGCCUCAGCUCAAGGGAAUAAAGAGUUAUCAUUUGUUUCUAAAAGACAAAAUUCACAUACCAGUACCUCACAGUGUCUCACAGAAACAAAAUUGCCUGUAGAUCUGAAUAUGGAAGCUCUGUAACAAUUAUCAAUCAACAAUACUCUCAUAAAAGUGCAUAUCUGUAAAGGUUUUUUUGAUUUUGAUUGAUUUUUGUAUUUUAGCCAAAUUAUCAUUUUAAGUUAAAUGUUUUUAUUUUGUGUGUGUGGGUGACAAAUGCUUCUGAAGUGCAAUUUCUGAUAUAUUUCAUUUAUAUUUUAAUACUCACGAGGACAUUGUUGCUUAGAUUACAUCCCAGUUUCUAUGAUAUUAAAUCACUUAUUUAACAGUU